AUGCGUUUCAUCGUCAUCAUCAUCAUCAUCAUCAUCAUCAUCAUCAUCAUCACAUCAUCAUCAUCAUCAUCAUCAUCAUCAUCAUCAUCAUCAUCAUCAUCAUCAUCAUCAUCAUCAUCAUCAUCAUCAUCAUCAUCAUCAUCAUCAUCAUCAUCAUCAUCAUCAUCAUCAUCAUCAUCAUCAUCAUCAUCAUCAUCAUCAUCAUCAUCAUCAUCAUCAUCAUCAUCAUCAUCAUCAUCAUCAUCAUCAUCAUCAUCAUCAUCAUCAUCAUCAUCAUCAUCAUCAUCAUCAUCAUCAUCAUCAUCAUCAUCAUCAUCAUCAUCAUCAUCAUCAUCAUCAUCAUCAUCAUCAUCAUCAUCAUCAUCAUCAUCAUCAUCAUCAUCAUCAUCAUCAUCAUCAUCAUCAUCAUCAUCAUCAUCAUCAUCAUCAUCAUCAUCAUCAUCAUCAUCAUCAUCAUCAUCAUCAUCAUCAUCAUCAUCAUCAUCAUCAUCAUCAUCAUCAUCAUCAUCAUCAUCAUCAUCAUCAUCAUCAUCAUCAUCAUCAUCAUCAUCAUCAUCAUCAUCAUCACCUUCACAAACCUCAUCAUAUACAAAAUCUUCUUCAUAUGCUUCAUCAUUUUUAUCACCAUCAUCAUCGGUACAAAGCUCAUGGUAUCCAUAAUCUUCAGCAACCGAUUCAUCUUUAUCAUACUCAUCAACAUCAUCGUCAUCAUCAUUAUCAUUAUCACCAACAUCAUCAGCAGCAGCAGCCGCAUCGUUAUAAUCAUCAACUUGUAACACAAUAUAUUUUAAUAUCUCUAUAAGUGAUAUUAUCACCAAUAUGAAGAACAUAUUUAACGUGAUAUGUGGAAUAAUUUCCUCAAUCAUUGACCAAAAUAGUGCCAGCAUCACUGAAAGAAUAAUAUUGAAUUUGAUGAACUGCAUAGUUGCAAUAUUUUCGAUGAGAUCGGAAAAAGAAGAAUAACAGCCGUCCAUCAGCUGUCCUACGCUCAACUGAUUUUUCUAACUGUUG